UAUAAAUAGGCGAGCAACUCACUUUUUUUCUUAGAAAGACAAAUGAAAUCGAUAUUAAGGCAGGGGAUGCAUAUUUGCGGAUUUUUAAAAACAGUACCAUCUAGCAAAUUACAACAGUUAAGUCAAAAGAUUACAGCAGGAGGAACAGAGCUUCAAGCAUUAGCAUAUGCAUGCCCGGUUAUGGGGAAUGUUAUGAGGAGUAUUGAAGCACGUUCAUAUGCUACGGCGAGUCGUAGUAGUGAUACGGAAAUGGAUGUUCUUGAAAAUAUCCAUGCAGAAGUAGGGGGUUUUGGAUCAAUAACAGACGAAAAACCAGAAGUUUGCUCAUAUGAAAAAGCUAUUCUUAAUGUACCUCAUGAACAAGUAUUAACGAAUCGAUUUUUUGGUUAUGAAGAAUGGUUUUCUAAUGAAUUGUAUAAGAAACAUAAGGACAAGACGUAUAGGUAUUUUAACAAUAUUAAUCGACUUGUAAAUGAAGCGCCGCUUGCACAUACAAAGGAUUUUAAUAAACGUGUUACUGUAUGGUGUUCUAAUGAUUAUUUAAAUAUGAGUAAAAACAAGCAAGUGAUUGAUUCUAUAUCCCAAACUCUCCAUGUUUAUGGAGCAGGUGCAGGUGGUACUCGAAAUAUUGCAGGACAUAAUCAGCAUGUUGAGCUUCUUGAAGCAUCUCUUGCACAUCUUCAUGGGAAGGACGCAUCUCUUAUUUUUAGCUCUUGUUAUGUUGCAAAUGAUGCAUGUAUUUCUACCCUUGGUAGUAGAAUUCCAAAUUGUAUCAUAUUUUCUGAUGCAUCUAAUCAUGCAUCAAUUAUUCAAGGAAUUCGCAAUUCUCGCGCUAAAAAAGUGGUUUUUAAGCAUAACGAUCUCGAAGACCUUGAAUCAAAGCUUAUGGCUGUUCCUUUAUACAUACCAAAGAUUAUUUGUUUCGAAUCCAUUUAUUCUAUGUGCGGUUCAGUUGCUCCGAUCAAGGAAAUCUGUGAUCUUGCUGAGAAAUAUGGCGCUCUUACCUUUUUAGAUGAGGUUCACGCUGUUGGUAUGUACGGAAAGCAUGGUGCUGGUGUUGCUGAACAUAUUGGACAAAUGUCUCGUGUCGAUAUUAUUAGCGGAACAUUAGCUAAAGCUUAUGGUUGUAUUGGCGGUUACAUUUCUUCAUCCAAAAAUAUUAUUGAUGUGGUUCGCUCUUUAGCUCCUGGAUUUAUUUUUACAACGGUUUUACCUCCUCAUGUCAUGGAAGGUGCACGUGUUUCUGUUGAAUAUCAAAAGCAUACACAACAUGAUCGUAUUCUUCAGCAAAUUCAUACUCGCCAAUUAAAAAAAGCGCUUAAGGAUGCUGGGUUGCCUGUACUACCUAAUCCGAGUCAUAUAAUACCUCUGAUGGUAGGCGAUUCUCAAACUUGUAAAGAAAUAUCAGAUGAAUUAUUGUUGAAACAUGAUAUAUAUAUACAGCCUAUAAAUUACCCUACAGUUCCUAUUAAUAUGGAGCGUUUGCGAAUUACACCAACACCGGCUCAUACUAUAGAGUUUCAGAAGAAGCUUGUAACUGCUUUAAAACAAAUUUGGGAUGAACGUCUAUUAAGGAAAAUAGACGAUUGGGACAUGAAAAGCCUUGGUUCAUUUACUCAGGAAUUGUGGACUGACGAACAAUUAAGAUUUUAUGAUACUGAAAAUAAUUUAGGAAGAUAAUACCUUACAAAGUUAAUUUAUUCAGUAUUUUGAUAGAAUGGUACU